CUGCGUCAAACAAAACGGCACAGCUAUAAAGUAUAGCUUGGCCCGUGUGUACUGUACAUCUCUAUAGUUAUAUCGGUACAACUGUCAAAGGUAUCGCACAAGGAGGAGGUAGAUAUUUAUGACGUCACAGUUAUAGAAAUUAACAGGGGUUGUUUAGUGAAAGAUCGGAUGAAGACUCUAGGAGACGAAGAGUGUUGCCGGUGGUUCGGCCAGUUGACCGAUUCUAGAUUGGAUGACUUUAUGUCCUUGGUAUCUACAUAUGGUGUAUGUUCCCUGGUGCUGGUCCAUUCUUCCUUCGCCAGGAAUGAGUGUUCCUCCCAAUGGCAAUAACAGCGCAGCAAACGUAGAGGAUCAGUGCAGCCGAGGAUCCGGAAAACCCCCUAAAGUAUGUGGUGUAUGCGGCGAUCGUGCCAAAAGUUACCAUUUUGGUGGUAUUUCGUGUGAUAGUUGCAAAGCAUUCUUUCGAAGAUCCGUCCAAAACGAAGCGUACAAAAAUUUCCAUUGCCCAUACGAAGGCAAAUGUGAAAUCACCAUAAGUUCGAGGAAAUGUUGCCAGUAUUGCAGAUUCCAAAAAUGCGUAUCCAUAGGAAUGGAGAAGGGAUGGGUGAUGACAGAAGAAGAGAGGAUGCAACUGUUGAGGAGCAGAAUGGAAAAGAGGCAAAGGCAAGAAGCUGCUGCUGCUGAAGGCGAUAGAAUGAGGCAAAGACGUUUAAGUAUCGUAGAAUACGAACCAGAUGUUAACGAAUUAAGUAAAUAUUUAAGCGAAGACGAUGUUAGAACAAUAGAAAUUCUAGUUAAUUCGUACGAAAUGAGUUACAGAGAUAUAUCGUUUAGUGAUCAGCUACAGAAUCGUAGCAUAGAAAGGACUAGAACUGAAAUACUUGAUAUGUUUUUUACUGUUAUUAAGCAAUUUGCACAUUUCGCUCAAAGACUCGAUUCUUUUUCAAAGAUUCCUCAAGCCGAGCAAGAAGUUCUUUUAAGAACUGGUGUUCUAGAACUGUGUUUCAUAAGAGGAGCCUACGCUUACGACGAAAGGCACUGCUGCUGGCCCGAUAAACGUAAAUCUUUAUAUAGAGAUUCGCCCAUACUGGUGUUCGAAGACAUGAAAAAGUUAGUAUCGCCGACACUAUACGAAAAACACAUGAAAUUUAUAUACAGUGUGAAAGAACUAGAACCAGACGAACCUACAAUAAUGUUAUUACUAGUUAUUGUUCUUCUAAGUCCGGAUAGACAGGGUCUAGAUAAAGUGGAUGUGGUGGCAUCCGAGCAAGAGAGGUUUUAUAUAUUGAUGAAGAGUUACAUGAACUGGAGAUACGGGCCAGAAAACACUACAAUUCUAUAUCCUAAAUUACUCUUGAGGCUUCCGGAUUUACGCGAACUAGCAGAUGCCCAUACAGAUUACCAUUUAAGGCUUGCCAAAGAGGAACUCGAAGAGAUCCAACAACGUUUAUCUUCUUUGAAAAUCGUAUCUAGUGCAAGCAAUCAAAGUAUCGAAUCUUUACCCAUGACAUCGUCUAGUUUAGAGGUGAGUAGCGUGUUUCAUAGGCCAUGGUGUAUGAGGAAGGAUGCAUUGCAGAUCGUAGGACCUAUCUCACCACUUUCACCAGAAGAAGAAUCUAGUUCGAGCGAAGGCUCCGAAAGAUUUACACCCAUAAGAAGUUGAGAUUCUUAUAAAAAUCCAAAAAGACUUCACCUAUUAUAUCUUCAUCCGUCCAUUUAAAGAAUUUACGAUCUCACAAAGUCAGAUGCAUAUCUUUUUUAAUUAGCUGUGAUGGAUUUUCAAGAGGAAAUCUUCAACUAUUUAAGUCUUUGUUAAAUUCUUAUGGAGGAAAAAAGAUUCAAAAAAUUCGUGUUUUUUGAUCUUUAUCAAAGUGAUUGUAAAUUAAUUUUAAAGUUUAUUCUCUUAUAUAUAUAUAUAUAAAUAUAUAUUUAUCCCAAAGGGAAGACAAUUCUAAAUUGUGAUUCAAAAGUAUACGAGAGAUAAAACAGGUUUUUUUUAAAAAAAAAAUUAUACACACACACACAAAAACAAAAGAAUUUAACAGAAAUUUUCUAUUGAUAAAUUAAGCACAUUUGCAUUUACUGUCUCAGGUUUUGUCAUUUCUCAUACAGAAAAAAAAAAU